GAUUUGGUGUUAAUCAUGUUAUAUAAUGAUGGGGAUGUUCCUGGAAAGGAAGUGAAUUCUGAUGAACAAUCUUUUGAUACAAUUAAAUUCAUUUUAAAAAAUGGGAUAAAAAAAGAGGAUCGAACCGGCGUUGGAACCAUUUCUUACUUUGGUACACAGAAUCGUUACUCUCUUGCCGAUGGCAAUUUACCACUUUUAACUACUAAACGUGUCUAUUGGAAGGGAAUUGUUGAAGAAUUACUUUGGUUUAUUCAAGGGAACACUAAUUCAAAAGAAUUGGCCCAGAAAGGUGUUCACAUUUGGGAUGCAAAUGGUUCAAGAACAUUUCUUGAUUCUAUUGGUUUCACCGAUCGAGAUGAAGGCGAUUUAGGUCCAGUUUAUGGUCAUCAAUGGAGACACUGGGGUGCUCAUUAUGUUGACACAAACACCGAUUAUUCUGGUAAAGGGAUUGACCAAUUGUCCCAAAUUAUUGAGAGAAUUAAAACUAAUCCAAACGACCGAAGGUUAAUUGUCUGUUCAUGGAAUGUUUCUGAUAUUCCAAAAAUGGCUCUACCACCAUGUCAUUGUCUAUUUCAAUUCUAUGUUGCUGAUGGUAAACUUUCUUGUCGACUUGAUCAAAGAUCUGGAGAUAUGGGUCUUGGUGUUCCAUUUAACAUUGCCAGUUACGCUCUUCUAACUCACAUGGUUGCUCAUAUUACGAAUCUGAAACCCGGUGAAUUUAUUCAUCAAAUUGGAGAUGCUCAUAUUUACUUAAAUCAUGUUGAUGCUCUUGAAGUUCAGCUAACCAGAGAACCAAGACCAUUUCCUAAAUUGGUAAUUAAAAGAAAAGUUGAAACAAUUGAUGAUUUCAAAGCUGAAGAUUUCGAGCUAAUCAAUUACAAACCAUAUCCAAAGAUAGAAAUGCCCAUGGCUUUGUGAUUUUCUUAUGGAACUUUUAUUAUCCCUUCCAAAACAAACUGUUUAAUUUGUCACAAUUUUUUUUUCUCCAAAAGCAAUUUAAUCAAAAAUUCAUUCAAUUUAUUCAAAAUCAUUUUAAUCACAAAACCAAAAUGAGAAAAUCAUUUUCUCAUUUAGAUGAACUCAUCAUUUUUUAACCAUUUCAUGUAUUUUCUUAAAUAAAGAGGAAAACAAGCAAACCAUUAAA